AUGCCUCCCAUUUAUGAUGAGCCAAAUCUUCUCUCUUCUCCCAUUGUUGAGCCUCAAGUUGAAAGAGUUGAGACUCAAAGAGUUGAUAGUGGUCAAGAUUUUAAUAUCAAUUAUCUUGAGCGUGAUCCGAGAUUACGUCGUCAAAUAUGUCAAUAUUCGGUGAAUGAACAUGAUAAUGUAAGAAAAGCCUAUAUUAUUUUAGGACCUUGUCAACCGGAGUUAGAAGACUAUCCAAGCCAUUUAGAAGGGCGAGACUUACGUCGAUUUAAUAAAUUGUGGUUUGGUAAAUUCCCUUGGCUUGAGUAUUCAAUAGCUAAAGAUUUGGCAUUUUGUUUUCCUUGCUUCCUAUUUGACAUGAAUCAUUCACAUUCAACCUUUACUAUUCAUGGAUUUCAAAAUUGGAAGAGAAUUGAUGGUAAUCAAUGUGUAUUUCAAAGUCAUGUAGGCAAGCUAAAUUCUCCACAUCAUCUUGCUAUGCAAAAGUGGGUUAGCUUAAAACACCCAUCUCUUCAUUUUGAAAAUGUGGUAGAUAAGCAAUCAAGGCAACAAGUGAUGGACAAUCGGUUGCGACUUACAACCACAAUAGAGGGCAUUCGGUAUCUAGCAAAUCAAGCAUUGGCUUUUCGAGGUCACGAUGAAUUCGUUGACUCAUCUAACCGGGGCAAUUUCGUUGAAAUCUUAAAGUCUUUUGCAAGAAUGAAUAUAGAAGUUGAGAAAGUUGCUGUAGAUAAGGCUCCUCAUAAUGUUCAGUAUAUUGCCCAUGAUAUACAAAAACAGAUCUUGCAUAUUUUUGCUACCAAUGUGAAGAAGGAAAUUUGUACCGAACUUGGGAAGAACAAAUAUUGUAUUCUUGUUAAUGAAUCAAGCAAGGAACAAAUGGCUAUUAUUCUAAGAUUUGUUGAUUGUGAUGGAUUUAUUCGUGAACGCUUUUUCGAUAUUGUGAGUGUCGUAGACACUAAUGCCUUGACUCUUAAACAAGAGAUAUGCAAAGUGCUUGAUAAUAACGGCAUUCUAGUGGAAAACAUGCGUGGCCAAGGGUAUGAUGGUGCUAGUAAUAUGUGUGGUUCAUGGAAUGGAUUACAAUCAUUGUUUCUUCAAGAUUGUCCAUAUGCAUAUUAUGUGCAUUGCUUUGCUCAUCGCUUGCAAUUAGCAUUAAAUGGUGCGGCUAAAGAUGUGAAGGUUGUAUGGAGAUUUUUUUCAAUGUUGACUAACAUUGUGAAUUUUGUUAGUGCUUCUGCUAAGCGUCGUAAUGAGUCAAAUUUAAUUCGAAAAGCUGAACUAUAA